AUGCAAACUGAGACAAAGGAAGUAAAACUAGCAGGGAGUUGUGAGAUGGAAGACUUAAUAAGUAUGUUUAAGUAAGUUAUUCUUCAAGUCUAUCCAUACGAAGUAGUGAAUCAGCAUUUCUGUACUUUUGUAGAGAAUACAAAAGAGUUCGUGGAAACAAGAGAAUAAUUAAGUAAAAUAGGUGCAAAUCUUCGAUUAAAGCUUGACAAUUGGCCUACAAUUGAUGAAGCGAAAAUGUUAUUCUAAAUAAACAUGUAUUUCAAUUAUAGACUAAAUUAUUAUAGCUAGAAUGCUAGAAGGAGAAGUGUAAAAUGGAAUGACACUGAUAAGCGUUUAUUCUAUUGGAUAGUUAUUCGAUAUUGUUUGGUGAAAGACUUAAGUUCACUUACACCUUCUGAGUGGAGAGAUAUUGCUAAAAUGAUACUUGGACGUAAUGCCCAUUAAUGCAGACUCAAAUGGGAACAAAAAUACAAGAUUUCCCUUUCCGAAGCUCCAUGGACUGAGGAAGAAGAUUAGCUUUUACAACAAGUUCAUGAAGAAUUCAGUAGAUUAGGGAAGGAGAACAAGUGGUCUCAAAUAGCCAGAGAGAUUUACAAGAGAUCUCCUAAUAAGAUAUUUAGACAGCCAAAACAAUGUAGAGAAAGAUGGAUUAAUAGAUUGGAUCCAAAUAUUUGCAAUGAACCAUGGUCAAAAUAGUAAGAGAUCGAUUUAUUGAAGACCAUUUUGAUAAGAGGCAAAAAGUGGUCGGAAUUAUCAGCCUUGUAUGGUAGAGUAAGAACUGAAAAUUCAUUGAAGAACAAAUACAACUCUCUUUUAAAAAAGGAAAAACUAAAAUACGAAUUUGAAACUAUAAACCCUUAAUUAUUUGCGAAAGUUCAAUAAUUAAGAAUGGAUUAUGCAAAGAAGUAUGGUAAUAUUACACCCAUCGAAGAAAUUGAUAAUUACGAAUGGCAAUUUAUUGUUUUGGCCAUUCAAAGCUUAUAUAUUGAUUUAUGCGUUUAAGAGGGUAAAUACCAAGAAGCUUAGAAAAUUAAAAACGAUGACUUUUUUGAUUUGUUUCACAAUGAAAUCACUUCGAAUGCUAGUAGAAAUGGCAUUUUAUAUAAAAAACUCUUAAACAUAAAAAGAGUGGACAAUUAAUUCCAUGUUGAGAAUGAUAGAUCAGGAGUUGUAAUUUUCAAUAAAAAAACUAAAAACAUAUUUAUAUCUCCAUUUAACACAUUGGAUUUUCAAGGACUCAUACUCAAACAUCUCUAUAAAUCUGUUAAAAGCGAAGAAAACAACAGCAAAUGUCCCACUUUAACUUAAUCAGAUCACAAUAUGCUAUUUCUAUAAAAGUCAAUUGAUGAUAUUAAUAGACAAAGCAAUAUCUAACCAAUACUCUUAUUGGCUAACUAACCUUCAUUCAUGAUGCCUUUAGGCUAAAGUAUGAUCAAUAGUUAUUGGCUACCUCCAGUUUUGCCUUGUAUGUCGUAAUCCAUUGGUGGAUAUUAAUAAUAACAAUAAAACAUCUAAGAACAAGUAGCCUUAAACUUAAACAUUAAAGAAACGAAAAAACAAGCCAGUUUCGAUGAUUUAUUCGGAAAUGAUAUUAAAGUCGUUGAUUCAGAUGGUGAAAAAUGA